AUCCUUAGGCCAGCUGCGACUUCGUCAAGGAAAAUGCGAACCAGGGCGAUCCAUCAGAGUGCUUCGGUCUCACGACCUGCACAAUUAGAUAGCGAGAACGAGGAGGGGUGGACUUGCGCUCUGUCAAAAGUGAGUUACUUUCGGUUACGUCUGGGCAUGCGUCGGCGUCUCAAGGCGAAAGGUUAUACUGCUCCUCUCUCUUUCACCCUUCCCGUACCCGCCAACCCAGGCAAUCACGGGCGAAGGACGGUGUUCAUGCUGCCAGACGACAGCCCUUCCGUUCUAAGUUCUAAGUUUGGCGCCAUUUUGGCUUCCUUCCUCCGUCCCACUUCCCUUGUCGCCGUUGUACUAGCGCAGCUACGCCCACGCUUUAGCUGCUCUGCGGGCUUUGCGACUCUUCUGUGCCUGGGCCUUGGCAACCCUGCGGUCGACGCUGCUAGUCUCCGCCAACUCGCCUUCCUUUCAGCCCUCGUCCAGAUGUCUGAGGGCAUUUUCUCUCCCGGAAAGACGUUCGUCUAUGACCCAUUGCUCAAAACUACCUCAAGGAACUUUAUUAGGGAGUUGGGCUUUUAUAUUUUGUCCUCAAAUUUGGAGGGUCAAUACCAGCUACCGAGGGGGCAUCCAACUUUAGUCUUCCUUCCCCAUUGCCCAAUUGCUCUGGCUGAGGGCUUGGUUGCGUCCAACUGGCAUCCUGACGUACUCAAUCGCCUUACUUUUCUCUCGUGUCCUCUAAAGCCGCGCGCUGGCAUCGCAGAAGUCCCUUGUAUUGCGCACCUUCAGCCCUUCCGCUCUUACUCGCUCCUCAAAACAGAGGGAGAACGCGAUUUCGAGGGUAUCCGUAUUGAAUGGUUCCACAUUCCUGCUGGCGUGGAUCUCGGGGCCGCGAAAAACAACGAAAAGGUGGCUACCUCUUAUAGCGAUCUUCUCACCUUUGAAGCCAUCCCGUCUUUCAUCGAUGGCGAGGAUACGAAAUCGACGGAUGAGAUCUCCUAA